UGGGUUCAGAUUUCCUAAAGCCCCCAGCAGGGUGAAGGGGCCCCCGCCAGCCUUGGGUCCUCCCCAGCCCGGCAUCACCCCUCCCCAGCCGGGCGGCUAUGCAGAGGCAGUGACGUCACUAGGCUGACUCCCUUCCUGCUGCAUCACAGCAGCCUUUAGCAGCUCUGGUAGUACUUGUGACCGCGGGGGACGGAAUAUACACCGCCAGUUCACAGAAAACAGCUGCCCUUAGCAGGUUUAACAACAUCCUAACACGGGGGCUAGGUGUCAGGAAGCGGUUGCAGUGCGAUAACCCCGCUCCAGUUGUUGGGAUAUGGCCAGGCCGGAACAGGUUCUGCUCUUGGAGCCUCAGCACGAACUGAAAUUCAGAGGUCCGUUUUCAGACGUGGUGACCACAAAUCUUAAGCUCUCCAACCCUACAGACAGGAAUGUAUGUUUUAAGGUCAAGACAACAGCGCCCCGCCGGUACUGUGUGCGGCCUAACAGCGGCAUCAUUGAUGCAGGCACCUCAAUCAAUGUCUCUGUCAUGUUGCAACCCUUUGAAUACGACCCAAAUGAAAAAAGUAAGCACAAGUUUAUGGUCCAGUCCAUGCUAGCACCUCCUGACAUGACGGACAUGGAGGGAGUGAUGGUUCUAACUUCGUGCCAGGCGACUUGCACGUUGUUGGGAAUCUCAGUGAUGGAGGCUCAAAGGCUACGGGAAGAAAACAAACAGAUCAGAGAAGAUGAUGGUUUCCGGAUGAGAAAGAGCAACAUCGUAUCACCCCAGCAUGCCUCAGGCUCCAUGAAGAGGGAGGAAGGUUUGAGUGCCCGCUCCUUGGCCCUCAUCCUCCUCUUCUUCAUCGUCGGCGUCAUCGUGGGGAAGUUGGUGUUGUAGAGCGCAGCACUUCUGUCAGCCGCAGCAUGCUUUCAUGGUGGAUGAAAAUACACACAGGAUCUGGGAUUUUUGGAUCAGAAUGCCAUAUUUGCUGGUGGGGCUGGGUGUGGGUGGGGCGGUACUGGUUUUGAUUCAGUCCCAUUUAUGUAAAAAGUUUAAAUUUAAAAUGGUAAUCUAUGAGAGAAAAAGAGGAAAACAUGACUCAUCUUAAGAACAAACACCUCUAUAAUCAUCGCAUAAUCCUUCUGGCCUUCUUCCCAAAGUUUCAUGUAUUCAGAUGAUUUGUUUCAGGGGUUCAUGGGGAAACAGAUUCAUAAUUUAACUGGUAAUUCAGUUCAGUGAGUCUUCUAACAAUGAGCGAGAUAGCGUCGAUGCGACCGGGUCAGAUUGCAGCUGUGCGAAUGUCGUUUUAUUUGAUUAGACUGACUUUCUUUUUCUAAUUGAUGCACGACAGAGCCAAUCUUCUCCGACAUGUGACGACUCCACCGCACAGUAAAUCCUGGUUUUCCUUCCGGUGGAACCCUGUUUUUAAAGGAAGGGAGGACCCAAAAGGUCAGGGGUCGCGCACAGGGCUACAACAUUCUUCUCCAGUCGAGGGCUUUGUAAAAUCUCGUCUUUGAUUGUGGAACAGCUUUGAUGUGUGUAAGAAACACUACAACGGGUGUUUUAUUUCCUCAUGCCCUUUUUAUUUUUUGUUGCCCUAAUUUAUUCCCGCACCUGUCAAUCACUGCUCACCACAUCCUCACUUGUCAGAGGAGGAUGUUUGCAUGCGUUCACACGAGUGUUGCAUCUGAACUUUUGAAUCUAAUUUAAUUGCUUUUUGUCAUUUGACUGUAGAUUUGCACAAUUUAAUUGCUGUUUUUUUUCUCCUUUGUCCUUUUUUUCUUGCAGUUUUUUGUUUGUUUUAUGUUAUAUAUAUUUUUUCUUUGGUAGGAGGUAAAGCAGUCAAAAGUAUUUCAGCAAACUGAAGUGACGUUUGGAUCGUUUCUGUAAAUCGAUAUGAAAGCUUUGCCUUGUGACCUGUUGGGGCAAGUUAUUCUCAGGCCAGGAUGGAGGUACAAUUCUAGUACAUAAUAGACUGAAGGAGAUUAAACGGUUUUCCCUGACAUCAGCAGGUUCAGGGUCCUGAAUGUGAGGGGGAAACUACUGUUUUCAGCUCUUGUUUUCCUCCAUCUCAUUGUGACAUUUGCUGACAUUCUGUCUUAUUUCUGGCAAAUUGCAUGUUAAAAAAUAUCCCAAAAAAUACACGCCUUUGAGUUUUUUUUUUUAGUCAUUUUGUGAUUUCAUCUGUGCAUUGCAUCACGAACAUUGUAAUGCACUAAACUAAAAAGGAUCACUGAUUCCUCUGCAGCUGAUUUGCAGAGAAUGAAUGCAGUCGGGCCAUAACUUUGGGGGACCAUGUUCACAAAUCAUCGUCAAAUUCAUAUUCUGUGGUAGAUGAGUGUCUUUUUUUCAGUUGUCACUCUUUGAAGGAAAAAUAAGCAGCUGGUGAUAUUUAUCUUUAUCUGUACAAAUGAAAUAAUCACAAAAAGGUUGACAAAAGCUUUCUUUCAGUUCACAUUUGCUGGGAAAUAAAGAAAAUGUCAGAAAUGUUCUAUUUUUUUCUUCUGUUGAGUGGAGGGAAAGUUGGUAUGGAUCUGAUUGGAGGAUAAGUAAGUGGAAAUAAACAUGAGUUUGUGUUUUUACUGUAUCUCUGUGAGGUUUUUGGGUUGAGGAUCACUUUCUGCUUUGGAGGGAGGGCAGAGCAGACUGGAGCUACAGUUCAGUCUCUAGUGUUUCCACAAAGUUGUUCUUUAGUUCUAUCCAGUUUGGAGCGUCCAAAUGUUUGGCACUUUUAAACACACCAGACUAUAACUCGGUAAUCAAAUGUGUAAAUUUGACUCUGAUGCUGUAAAUUUCACCGUAUGGGACUGACCAAAUAAAGCAGUUAUGUGUGAACACUAACGGAUUCGGGUCUGGUUGUAAGAUGUUCUAUGCUGCACCUUCCUGAAGUCUCCGAACAUCACCGUGAUCAUUGUAGGCACUCAAACUGUUUUGUAUGUAUAUAAAUAAAAAGUCUAUCUGAGAAGAUGAUUAAAAUUCUUAGUCGAGUAGUCUGGUGUAAAAAAAAUAAAAAUCCAACCCGACCCGGUUGGACUAUGUAGCAUCUUAAUAAAUUAAAUGAAUAAAGCUUCUUCCUAAA